AAAAGGCUCUUAGUAUUUGGGUUAACCAAGUAAUAGUAUCAGAGUUAUCAGUUUCAGAAGCUUUAAUUUCUGAAAAGGCUCAUUAUUUUGCGACGAUUAUGGGUAUAUCUGAAGAAAAUAUGAAAUUUUCUAACGGUUGGUUAAAUGGAUUCAAACAAAAAAAUAAUUUAAAGGUGCAUAAAAUACACGGAGAGGCCAAUGAUACGCCACUUGAAUUAUUACCAAAUAUGCGAGCCGAAUUAAAAACUUUAAUUGCAAAGUAUCGACCUGAAGAUAUAUUUAACACUGAUGAGACAGGUUUAUUUUUUAGAAUAGAAUCUAAUCAAACCUUAUCAUCUGGCCCCGUCACUAGAAAAAAAAGGUGA